AAAAUCCUCCGCCCCGUCGCUAGGCAGAUCCGCACGCCAGCAGCCAAUCGGGUCGCUGGGCCUGGACGGGCGCAGGGAGUCGCGGCUGACCGAACGACAGCAUCCGAGUCCCGGGGAAGAACAUCACGGAUCCUCCGUGAAAACCCUCCAACAUCCUCAAAAUGCCGAACAAAACCAAGAAGGACAAGGAAACAACCAAAUCUGCGAAGAGCAGCACCAAGAACAGCAACGCCAGCAGUGGGAAAGACGCCGGGACGGAGAACUCAGACGAGGCCCAGCAGCAGAGUGGCAGUAAGCGUCCCAGUAACAGCACGCCCCCCCCCACCCAGCUCAACAAGAUCAAAUACUCGGGCGGGCCCCAGCUGGUGAAGAAGGAGCGCCGGCAGAGCUCGUCCCGCUUCAACCUGACCAAGAACAGAGAGCUGCAGAAACUACCUGCCCUCAAAGAUGCCCCGCCCAUCGACAGGGAGGAGCUGUUUGUGCAGAAGCUGCGUCAGUGCUGCGUGCUGUUCGACUUCGUCAGCGACCCGCUCAGCGACCUCAAGUACAAGGAAGUCAAGCGGGCGGGGCUUAAUGAGAUGGUGGAGUACAUCACGCACAACAGCGACGUGGUGACCGAGUCCAUCUACCCCGAGGCCGUGAUCAUGUUCUCAGUGAACUUGUUCCGGACUCUUCCUCCCUCCUCCAACCCGACCGGAGCCGAGUUCGACCCCGAGGAGGACGAGCCCACUCUGGAGGCUGCCUGGCCCCACCUGCAGCUCGUCUACGAGUUCUUCCUUCGCUUCCUGGAGUCUCCAGACUUCCAGCCCAACGUAGCCAAAAAAUACAUCGACCAAAAGUUUGUACUGUCGCUGCUGGAGCUGUUUGACAGCGAGGAUCCCAGAGAGAGAGACUUCCUGAAGACGAUCCUGCACCGGAUCUAUGGCAAGUUCCUCGGCCUGAGAGCCUACAUCCGCCGGCAGAUCAACAACAUCUUCUACAGAUUUAUCUAUGAGACAGAACAUCACAACGGCAUCGCUGAGCUGCUGGAGAUACUGGGAAGUAUUAUCAACGGCUUCGCUCUGCCGCUGAAAGAGGAACACAAGAUGUUCCUGAUCCGAGUCCUUCUGCCGCUCCAUAAGGUCAAAUCCCUGAGCGUCUACCACCCGCAGCUUGCUUACUGUGUGGUCCAGUUCCUGGAGAAGGACAGCAGUCUAACGGAGCCGGUGAUCAUGGGCUUGUUGAAGUUCUGGCCAAAGACCCACAGUCCCAAAGAGGUGAUGUUCCUGAACGAGCUCGAGGAGAUCCUGGACGUCAUCGAGCCGUCCGAGUUCGUCAAAGUCCAGGAGCCUCUGUUCAGACAGCUGGCCAAGUGUGUGUCCAGCCCCCACUUCCAGGUGGCGGAGCGAGCUCUGUACUACUGGAACAACGAGUACAUCAUGAGUCUGAUCAGCGACAACGCCGCCAAGAUCCUCCCCAUCAUGUUCCCCGCCCUGUACAAGAACUCCAAGAGCCACUGGAACAAGACAAUCCAUGGUCUGAUCUACAACGCGCUGAAGCUCUUCAUGGAGAUGAACCAGAAACUGUUUGACGACUGCACGCAGCAGUACAAGGCAGAGAAACAGAAAGAGAAAUACAAGCUGAAGGAGAGAGAGGAGAUCUGGCACAAGAUUGAGGAGCUGGCCCGCCAGAACCCACAGAUGAAUAAGCUCCACCCCCUCCGCCCUGGACUCCACCCACAGGAAGAGUACAUGCUGUACAGUGACAGUGCUGUUGCUCUGUACUCGAUGGAAACUGAGACUCCAACUGCCGAGGACAUCCAGCUGCUAAAGAAGACUGUGGAGAGCGAGGCUACCCAGGUGAAGGAGCUGAAGAAGGACAAGGUUUUGAUGCGCAGGAAGUCGGAGCUGCCGCAGGACGUCUACACCAUCAAAGCCCUGGAGGCGCACAAAAGAGCCGAGGAAUACCUGACAGCCAAUCAGGAGGCUCUCUGACGGGGGGAGGCGGUCCCCACUGAGCCUGGCUCCGCCCCUCUCUGUCUCCGGGCAGGAAGUUGAAGUUUUCCUGGAGAAACUGAUCCGGUCGGAAGCUGCCUGCAGACAGCAGGCCGCCGCUGUGUUCGCGUCACGUCGGAAUCGCCGCACAUACGAGAAAAACCUCCGCCGGUCAGCUGACAGACCAAAACGUUCGAGUCCAGACUCGCUGUGCUUCGUCAAGUCGCUCGUUCACAGCGGACGUCCCGGACGCCGUGAUGUCGUGCGUGACGUGAACGCAGCACGAGGCGGCGCCUGCACCGCUGCGCUGCCUCAAACGCAUCUCGUGCUGAUAAAUCUGACCUCCGUGGUUUCCAUGGCGACAGGAAGCAGUUGUCUUUCCUGCUGCCGCUUCCUCCACGUUCAUCCUGCUGCCUGCGUACCGUUAGACCCCGCCUCCUCCUACCCGAUUGAUUGGCUCGGUCAUGUGGUCUCCCGUGUCGUCUGCUUCGCCGCACAUGGACUUGAAUGUAAAAUCUGAGGCAGUCACCUGCAGUGCAUCAUGGGAAGCUGACAAGGUCAGUUUCUCUUCCUGUGCGGACAGGAAGUCGAUCCGGCUCAGUUCUCCAGGAACAGCUUAGCUCUGGAGCCCCGCCCCCUCCAGUUCUCAUCCAAUCAAUCGGCUGCUGUGCACCUGACCAAUCAUCUUUCAUCUCUUUCCCCCUGGCUCCGCCCACAACCCCCCCCCCUUCUGCUGGACUGGACUGGACACACACACACACACACACACACACAAACACACACACACUCGCUGCAUCUUGUUAGUUUGUGUUUGGCUUGUUGCCAUGGCAGUGGGGUCUGAGUGUGUCACCAUGGCAACAGCACAUCCAGCCUGGAAGGUUUUAAUGGUAGAAAGACGACACGUCACACGUCUCAUAGCACACGUCUGCAGAGUGUGAUGUCACGUGACCCGUCAGGUGACCCGUCACGUGACCCGUCAGGUGACCCGUCAGGUGACCCGUCAGGUGACCCGUCACGUGACCCGUCAGGUGACCGUCACGUGACCCGUCACGUGACCCGUCAGGUGACCCGUCACGUGACCCGUCAGGUGACCCGUCACGUGACCCGUCAGGUGACCCGUCACGUGACCCGUCAGGUGACCCGUCACGUGACCCGUCAGGUGACCCGUCAGGUGACCCGUCAGGUGACCCGUCAGGUGACCCGUCACGUGACCCGUCAGGUGACCCGUCACGUGACCCGUCAGGUGACCCGUCACGUGACCGUCACGUGACCCGUCAGGUGACCCGUCAGGUGACCGUCAGGUGACCCGUCAGGUGACCGUCAGGUGACCCGUCAGGUGACCCGUCGCGUGACCCGUCAGGUGACCCGUCGCGUGACCUGUCAGGUGACCGUCGCGUGACCUGUCAGGUGACCCGUCAGGUGACCCGUCAGGUGACCCGUCGCGUGACCUGUCAGGUGACCCGUCGCGUGACCUGUCAGGUGACCUGUCAGGUGACCGUCAGGUGACCUGUCAGGUGACCGUCGCGUGACCUGUCAGGUGACCCGUCGCGUGACCUGUCAGGUGACCCGUCAGGUGACCCGUCGCGUGACCUGUCAGGUGACCCGUCAGGUGACCCGUCAGGUGACCUGUCAUGCUGCUGCACCACAGGAGCGGCAGAUAGACCAGAAUGCACUGCAGCGGCAGGACAGGUGAGACAGACCAGUUUCUGUGUUGCUGAAAGGCAUUCUGGGAAAUGUAGUUGGUUAGUAACAGCAGUGGUUGUGCAUCAUGUUUCAUUCUGGGGUCAUGUGACUGAGUUCUGGGUUCUGAUUGGCUGCUGGGAACACACUGAAUGUAAAACAGAUGUUGAUGUAGGCGGAGUCACAAAGCGCGGCGGCGUGUUCCUCACCGUGUUUUCCUCCGUGUCGAUGUCACGUGACGUCACUGAGGCACUUCCUGUCAGCUGAGUCGGCGUACUCGCCGCCGUCAUGGAAACGCCCUCAGGCUGUAGAAUGAUGGACCAAUCAGAGCAGAGCCCUGUGUGGAUCCUCCAGGGCGCGGCGGCUGCGUGUGAUUGGCUGAUGUUUCCUGUAAAGUGAUGAAGUGCUCAGUCCCGCCUGGGGGGGGGGGGCGUGGUCAUCCCACUGGAUCAGGUAGUUUGACCACGCCCCUUCGUCCCUGUGCCCUGUAGUGGAUUUCUGCCACCUGCUUGGUCCAGCCAGGUGUCCUCUGACAGGUGUGACCAUGUGGGGUCCCAGUUGGCCAGCAGGGGGCGUGGCCUGCGCACACCAGCUGACAGGUAUGGAAACACGCCAACGUAAAAACCAGAAACGUGUCGUCUGCAUGGAGCAUCGUGACGCGGCGAAUGUAAACAAGGAAGUGACCAGCGGCACGCAGGAAGUCCCAGCCAAUCAGAACGCUUCAAGGCGGAGCAGAGCGGGAAACCGCCCACUUGGUCCUAAACAAAUAAACAAGGUCAAAGUGAGUGAUGCAUUAUGGGACUGAGCCGUGCACGAGGGCGGUGGCAGCUUCAAAGCUCCGCCCACCUGCUGACGUACAGGUGUAGCUGUCCGUCGUCAUACAGGAAACACUCAGAGCUGCUCCGCCUCCUUUUCCAGGCCUGGGGAAUUCUGGGAAACUGCAGGUUGGAAAAGUUUUGGAAAAGUCCCGGAGUUCUGUUCAUACAUUUUUUUGUGUUUUUGUUUUUGUUUUGUUUUUAGUGGUCAAAUGUUUAUUGUUGUGUUCGGCUGCUGCUCCGCCCCCAUCCUCACACUUCCUGUCCAGGUCUUACCAAAAUAAAAGCUGGGAAAUUCAAAUCAGAUAUUCAGCAGAACAAAAACAAGCCGGAGCAGAGAUUUGUGAUCAGGGCGUCAGCGGGAUGUGGGGCGGGACGUCCCGCAGGGAGGGGGCAGUCAGCAGCCCCACGUGGGGCUCGGCCUCACAGGAAGGAGAAGUCAUGUGACUCUGAAGCUGCAGGUUCACUUGAGGUCUGUCAGAGGGGAGAGGCGCAGUGACGUGGGCUCACGGCCGCCGGACGACUUUUCCAGACUUUUCCAGACUUUUCCAGACUUCUCCAGGCCCUGCAGGCGCUCUGUGUUCCAGAUGUUUCUGCUCCUCAUCAUCACGUCUCAUUCCAUCAUCACAUCUGUUUUGGUUUUGAUCAGCUGAUUCCUGUUUACUUCCUGUUUACUUCCUGUGUAACCGUCUCAUCUCUCUGCUCCACUAAACUCUUGGUCUUGGUUAUUUUUUGUUCUUUAAGCGCCUGAGAAAUAUUAUUUUGGAAACAAAGUGAAGGCUGGUGCUUGGCGGUGCGAGCGCCUGCGCACAAACAAUCCUCAUAGGAAUAGAUUCUGAAGAAGAAACAGAUUAUAUGCCAGAUUAUCCUGCUUUAUGAUCCGGGCACAUUCCCACAUGCUGCCUGUAGUUAUGGUUGCAAAUCUUUGUGUAUUAUAUAUUGUCAUGUAUCUUGUCUCAUGGCUCCGCCCCCUGGCCACGCCCCUCCUGUACUGUUUACACUGGCUGCUGCUGGUUACUGUUCUCAUUGGCUGGUUUUUCUUUACACUCACUGCACGUUGUCAUUGAUUGGCUGUCGUGUGGGCGUUGCCGUGGAGACUUGCUGUCUAUCACUCUGACCAUUCCAUUGGGGGGGAUAAGCCCCGCCCACCUCACUGGCCACUGGACAAAAUGGCCUCCAGCCAAAAAGCCGCCGAGCUCGUUCACAACAGCGAGUCUGAAUCUGUUGAUCAAAAUGAUUCCAGCGAGUUUUAAGAUUUUGAUGAUUCUCAGGAUGUCGUGAAUCUCUUAUUAUUUUGAAUUUUGACGCCUUGUGUCAAAAACCAUCAGCAACUCAGCAAAAUGACCUGGAAAGUUUGCUAAAACUAAAAAAGAAAAAAACAAACAAAAAAACAAAUGAUCUGAAAUUAAGCAACUAAAAACAAAAAAAAAGGAAAUUUGCAUCACAUGAACUUUUGAAACGCGUGGAGAGGGAAGGUUUGGAUUCUGUGUUUACUGGUCGACCGCCCGUCUGUCUGCGAUCAGCCGCUGCAUUUAAGGACCUCACUACAGCCUGGGACCUGUCGGGUCUGACCGGCUUCAGGCAACAGUUUAGAAAUGAUGUCGCGGGUCGGGUCAUGAUGAUAUUAUUUUAGUGAAACUCUAGUCUGAAAAAAAAACAAAAAUGAUGGAGCUGCUGUCUGUUCUCGGCAACUUCCUGUACAGUGCUGGAGUUUACGUGACGGCGCUGAAGGCAACAUGUAGGCUGUUACAGGCAGUAAAUGUAACGUGGAGAUGGAGGACAGGCGUCGAGUUUGGAUGAAAAUGUGCGGCCCGAUCCGCUCUCUGACAGACGACAAACAUCACAACGAGCCCAGAACCACUUCAGGAUUCACGGGAUUUUCCUGUUUCAUUAAAACGUUGAGGCGAUGACGCUCCGCUGUAAGAGGCUUUCCAUCAGGGACUGUUUUCUGGCGGAGGUGUACGUUCUGCUGUGAGGUGGCCACAGAAACAGAGGAACUGUUUGUGUUGUGUUUAAAUGCCAACAAUAAAUAAGAAAAACGAACAUCUACAUGCACGUCCUGGUUUGCUUAGCCUUUGUCUUUGGCGGUGUGUUCAGGUGCCGUUUGGUCAGAAUAUUAAACUUUGGGCUGAACGGGUCGGGCAGGGUCCUCCCCCUGGGCCCGUCAGCAGAGGCUCGCAGGUUCGAUCCCCGUGGUCUGAGGAGUCCGUCCAGCUCGGCAAAGCGUUCAGCUUUAAGGUCAAAGGUUAUUUUGUCCAGUGGUGAGACACAUUGGAAGAGGCUGAAGAUUAAAAAAAAAAAAAAUCUGAAAAAUGACCCCACCCUGACACGCACACACACACACACACACGCACACACGCAC